UUACUAAAUUCUUUUCCCCUUAAAUUAAUUCUCUCUUUUACCGAAGUCAAGUUCAACACACGCUUGCUUCCAUUUUUGCUCGUUCCAUUUCCGCCACACCGACCUACUUCCCCGGCAAUAUCUCCAACAUUUUCCGACCUUUCCGACCACCAUCCAUAUAAGCUCCGGACACCAUGAGCGAGGUAUUCGAAAGAUACGAGCGUCAAUACUGCGAACUUUCUGCCAAUCUUUCCAGAAAGUGCACCUCCGCCACUGCCCUAGACGGAGAGCAGAAGAAGCAAAAGCUUUCUGAAAUAAAAGGUGGUAUUGAUGAAGCCGAGUCUCUGAUUCGGAAAAUGGAUCUCGAUGCGAGGAGUUUGCAGCCCAGUGUUAAAAUUGUUCUUCUUGCUAGGCUAAGGGAAUAUAAAUCAGAUUUGAACAAUCUGAAAAGUGAAGUAAAACGGAUUACAUCUGGCAAUGUAAAUGCAACUGCGCGCGAUGAGUUGCUGGAAUCUGGAUUGGCUGAUACCCUCAAUGUCUCAGCUGAUCAAAGAACUAGACUAAUGACCACAACGGAGAGAUUAGGCAAUAUGAGUGACAGGAUUAAGGAUAGUCAAAGAACUAUGCUCGAAACUGAAGACCUUGGUGUCUCCAUCCUGGAAGACUUGCAUUCACAGAGACAAUCACUUUUGGGUGCUCAUGACACGCUUCAUGGUGUGGAUGAUAACGUAGGCAGAAGCAAAAGAAUUUUAACCAAUAUGACAAGGAGGAUGAACAAAAAUAAGUGGACAAUUUCCUGCAUGCUUACUGUUCUUGUUAUUGCCAUCAUUGCGAUCUUAUACUUCAAACUUAAAUAGGUAAAUACAUUCCUUCCUUGUACAAAGUUGACUUCCCCCCCCCCCCCCCCCCUCUCUUUUUGGUCGUGAGAUUGCUGAUGGGAGAUUAGUUGAUGGUCAUCUUCAACUCCUUGGUUUCUUUUGACUGUUACUAUUAAGUGGUAUGUACAUGAAUGUUCCUUUUUUUUUUCUUAACAUAGAACAUGAGAUGGGUUUUGUUA